GUUGGAUCCACGCAAAACGUGAAUAGUUAGACGCUAAUAAGGACUGCAGCGCGCGUCUCGCGUGUUUACUAAUGCUGAGCAGACAGGACAACUGAGAAAUAUAGCGAUGGUGAACCAAGAAGAGCAAAACGAGGUAAUGGCGGCGCAAACAUGUACGCGGAAGAGAUCUUGAAGAUCAGUCGACACCUGUUCGCGACCAAGUACUGGUUCGGUCGCAUAUCUGGUGCCAACAAACGUCGGUAUAUCCUGGCUCUCAUGGAAGACAUGAGGAGCGCCUGGGCGUUGUCUCUGAUACUCAAGUCUAUAUGGAACUGUCGCCCGAAGGAUGCUGUGCUUUCCGUUUGCGAGAAACACGUGUUGAGUCAAUAUGACCAGGUGCCAAUAGACCAUAACCGGACCGCCCAGCCAGUAAAGACCCUCGGUCAGGUGAUGACCAAUGAUCGCAAGUGGUUCCAUUCUUUAGAACCUGAACCUCAGGCCAUGGUUUUCCUGGAGUUGCUGACGAUGGCGGGUGGUCCUGUGAUAUGGGAGGUGCUUCGCCGAGGGCAGCAUAUAUUCGAGAGACAUAGAGAGGUGCAGCUGCGGAAUCUACUUGAGUGCAUCGUCGUGGAGCCUCAGGACAAGAACGUGAAAAAAGAUGCGCCAACGGCACAACCAAGCAAGUUUUCCUCGACCUCCGUGACAGCGCAGUCGCCGUCACAGGUGCAGGCGCAUAAAAAUUUGGAAACCAGCUUAGCAGCUUGGAACGCGAUUAUCAAGACAAUCCGGGACAGCCAGAAGCUUGAAGAGCUGGAGAUGACGUUCACUGAUGGCACAACAUGCAAGAUUUGGAAGGUCAACCGCCCCCGGCCUGAGGGCAUCGAGACUGUUGACUUUGUUCAGUUAUUGCCUUCGAACGUCGGGAAGAAGAUCCUGUCGUUCCUACCUCGGGAACAACUCCAGGAUUAUGCCAAAGUGAACCGCUACUGGGCCUUCCUAGUUGAAGAACUGCGCGCUGAUUGGAUGACCAGGGCCAAGCUCAACAGCGAUUUGCAGAAGUUGCAGGACGUGAUGCUGAAACACGACACGAGCCUGGAAGUGCUAGCGCCUCCAGACAUGAUGGUGAUGACGGCAGGUUCGACAGGGGUCAGCCUGUCACCGUCCAGCCGCGGUCGGCAGCUGCCCAGUCUUCGCGCCAGUGAGCGAUCGGCUGGUGGCGUCUCCUUCCGGCACUUCGUUGUUGAAAACCUCAAGCCUUCUCAUAAGCUUAAACCGAAGCCCCUGAAGAAGCUAGCCGACCUGGAUGAUAGGCUGGAGAUCCGUGGAGCAGCCGACGAGAACAUCUGGCGCUGGUGUGACAACGUGCUCAAGUAUACCAAGGGUGAACGACAUCCAAAGGCGACGAAGACUGAAGAGGGCGUGAUGGAUUUUGGCGAAGCCCACUUCCCCUGCCCUAUGAUGAAGCACAGCAUUCAGUUGCCAUUGGCCCGACCACUGUAUCAUGACCCCGCGCAAAGUAACUACCACAGCCUCCUUCGUCGGAACGUGUUUACUUACGAGGCAAUGGCCAACAUGCCGAUGGAGCCCAACAAACGCUUUAGUCUGUGGAGUCGUGACUUCUCAAGUCUUUACAGGGUCUUCAAGGUGGCUUCGUAUGAGUCUCCUAUUUGAAAUGUUAUUGGUUUUCAUUUUUUGAUUGAUAUUUUCUAA